GAGGCUGAAGAAAAGCGCAACAGAGGAAAACUUUGAUUUCAUCUUUUCUCCCACUCUCCAAACCUCACCUUGACUGUGACACAGCGGAGAGCUUCUGUGACUUUCUCCAUGAGUGUUUGAGUCGAGCUCCACGGACCUGUGCAGCUUUCACUGCUUACCGAGGGCCUGUCAGCACAAUGGGACGCCUGUGUCUGCUCCUGCUUGUCAACAUCACCCUGCUCACCUGCCAGGUUUUGUGCUCAGGAGUUUUUGAGCUGAAGUUGCAGGAGUUCCUCAACAAGAAGGGGAUAACGGGGAACUCCAACUGCUGCCCGGGAGGCUCGGCUCAUCCGCAGGGCCACCAGCAGUGCGAGUGCAAGACUUUCUUCCGCGUCUGUCUGAAGCAUUACCAGGCCAACGUCUCCCCGGAGCCCCCCUGCACCUACGGCGGGGCGGUGACCCCCGUCCUCGGCUCCAACUCCUUCCAGGUGCCGGAGACCAACGCGGACAGCUUCACCAACCCCAUACGCUUUUCCUUCGGAUUCACGUGGCCAGGGACGUUUUCACUGAUCAUUGAAGCUCUGCACACAGACUCCCUGGACGACCUGGCAACAGACAACCCUGAGCGUUUGAUCAGCAGGAUAACCACUCAGCGUCAUCUCACUGUGGGAGAAGAAUGGUCCAAAGACAUGCAGACAAGUGGCAGGACAGAGCUGCGCUACUCCUACCGCUUCCUGUGUGACGAACACUACUACGGCGACGGCUGCUCCGUUUUCUGCCGGCCCAGGGAUGACGCCUUUGGGCACUUCACCUGCGGAGAGCGUGGAGAGAUCAUUUGUAACUCUGGCUGGAAAGGCCAGUAUUGUACUGAACCAAUCUGCCUUCCUGGAUGUGAUGAAGAACAUGGCUUUUGUGAUAAACCCGGAGAGUGCAAGUGUCGUGUGGGCUUCAGUGGGCGCUACUGUGACGACUGCAUCCGUUACCCAGGGUGCCUCCAUGGCACCUGCCAACAGCCCUGGCAGUGUAACUGCCAGGAGGGAUGGGGAGGGCUAUUCUGCAACCAGGAUUUAAACUACUGUACCCACCACAAGCCCUGUUUGAACGGAGCCACCUGUACCAACACUGGCCAGGGGAGCUACACUUGCUCUUGUCUACCUGGAUUCACUGGUGCCAGCUGUGAGAUUGAGGUUAAUGAAUGCUCCGGAAACCCUUGUCGCAACGGAGGCAGCUGUGCUGACAAUGAGAAUGGCUAUAAGUGCACCUGCCCACCUGGUUUCUAUGGCAACAACUGUGAAUUAAGCGCCAACACCUGUGCGGAUGGGCCCUGCUUCAACGGUGGACGGUGUGUCGACAACCCAGAGGGCGGCUACUUCUGUCAGUGCCCGAUGGGAUAUGCUGGCUUUAACUGUGAGAAGAAAAUCGACCAUUGCUCCUCUGAUCCCUGUUUAAAUGGUGCAGAAUGUGUAGAUCUGGUGAACUCCUACCUCUGUCGGUGUCCAGAGGGGUUUAUAGGUCAAAACUGCGAGGACAGCAGCAGCAUUUCUGGAUACUGCCUCUCCUUCCCUUGUGAGAACGGUGGCACAUGCCAGGAGGGAGCGAAUGACUACACAUGUACCUGUCCUCCAGGUUAUACUGGAAAAAACUGCAGCUCCCCCAUCUCUCGCUGUUCUCAUAACCCCUGUCACAAUGGGGCCACCUGCCACGAGCGCGGUGGUCGUUAUGUGUGCGCCUGUGUGCCCGGCUACGGUGGCCACAACUGCCAGUUUCUCCUACCGGAGGCUCCCAAGCGUCAGCCGGUUGUGGAUGGACCGGAUCGGCGGUAUUUGUCCUCAGACACUGGAAACGCUGAAGACGAGGAGGAUGAGGACAGUGGAUUUCCCUGGACGGCCGUUUGUGCUGGUGUAUUCCUUGUUCUUGUGAUGCUGAUCGGCUGCUCGGUGCUUGUGGUCUACGUUCGGAUCAAGCUGCAGGAGCGACACGGCCACCACGGCGACAGCGUCCACAGCGACAGCCGCGAGACCAUGAACAACCUGACGACCACCAACAACUGUCUUCGCAGCGACAAAGAACUGGGCGCUAUGAUGGCAACGUCUAUUAAAAACACUAACAAGAAGGCUGAUUACCAUUCAGACCUUGCUGGGUCGUUGGGUGGUCUGAGUGGCAUCAGUGGGCUCACAGGAUCAGAGAAAAACGGUUUUAAGACUCGCUACCCGAGUGUGGAGUACAACUUGGUGCAUGAGCUCCGGCCUGAGGAGCUACCGCUGUGUAAAGAAGAGAGCCACAAUGAGGCGGAGGCCAAAUGUGAAGUACUGGAUGAGUCUGACACAGAAGAAAGUGACAGAAGAAGGCGAAACAGUGACGUAUCAGAAAAGAAGCAUGCUGCAGAGUCACCAAGUUGCAGUGAGGCAAAAUAUCAGUCAUCCUCUGAUUUGAACUGUCACGCAGCGAGUGACCCUAAAAGUCAGUCCACCAGUGACAUCAAGUUCCAGUCAACCAGCGACGCUGAGUACCAGAGUCCCAGCGACAGCCGGUACCAGUGUGCCACCGACACCAAAUACCACUCCGUCUAUGUCAUGUCGGACCAGAAAGACGAAUGUAUCAUUGCUACAGAGGUAUGAUACCAGUCAAGACCAGAUCAGGCGGUUCUUCUGGCUGAUGGCGGUUCACACACACCAGCCCUGAGCAGUAGAGCUCAUCUUGUCUCUGGGAGGUUUUACUCCUGCUGUUUGCUGCUGUUUCCUGGGAUUUACCAGAGGACUUCGUGCCAAGAUGCUGACAAGCCAGUGCAGAGUCAGUGUCUGCUCGGCAAACACCUCAGUACUACACUAGUACUUUGGGUGAGUUCUGGAUACACAUGAUCUUCAUUGGAUAGAGGUCAGACUCGGACUCAGUGCUAUGGCUGAAAUACCAGAGGACAGUCCAAGCACAUGUACAGACUUUGUACAGAAACAGUGCUAAAUGAGCGCAGUCGGAGGAAGAAGACUGCCGAAGAACUGAAGAAGACCUC